AUUUCUCUAUCGACGAUAUUUUUCAUCCAUCGUGAGGAAUUUUCAAAAUCCAUAGCAAUUCCGUCUAAUGGAUUACAUUCGCGGGGAUGUUCUUACAAAAGCAGAGCUACUUCUCCCGGCUGGCAAAGUCCUACCCGAUUCUAAAGCUCGUUGAUGUAUACGAUCGUCAAUCGUUCAUACGGGUGUACGUGUUGGACAACGUCUACGUUUGCGUUCUGGUGCACAUACUCUUUUACGUUGCUCUGUGGUACGCCACUACGGUGAUAAGAAAAAUGGAGAAGGCGAACAAGGAGAUGCUAAAAAUCGUGGAGGAGAACAGAACGAGACUGGAAGACGUAGCGGCGUUGAAAGAUAAGAAAACGGAAUACGACGAGGCGGUGGUUAAAGUGAAAGAAGCGCAGAGAUUAACAUCGCAGGAUCUGGAAGACGAGAUGCAACGUCUGAGCACGGAGCUGAUCAACGCAGAGGACAAGCUACUGGAACUGGAGAAAGUGGUGAAGAAAUUAAUUUUCAGUACAUAUCCAGCGGAGAAUCGUGCAAGAGUUCUGCGGGCGACGUCGCUGACCGAGAAAACGAACGCGCGGGGCCGUGUUUCGGCGAAGGACGAACGGUCUCGCUCGAGAAUCUCAAGAUACUCGAACCGUCAUUUCCACCGCCGCAGCCACCGGAACCUCCACCUAGGAAGUAUGGGAUCUUUGUCUCUCGACCUCCUGGCCAACGUCGUCCACCUCCCGCGGCAACAGCUGCGACUGCACCCCCAAAAAUCGGACACAAGUAACUACGCAUCCGUGGAAGCUCCCGAGGAAUCCACGAUUUAUCACCAGCCUGAUAAAUUCAUGUGGAGUGCUGGAGAUCGUCGACGAGACGAUAGACGAAGAAAACGAUCAGGAAAAUUCGCUAGUAGUGGCAUUUCGGCGCGUUUUAAUGUGAAAAAAUUGCACGACGAAUCUCUGAAGAAUGUGACACCUUUUACCAGAUCGUUGUUGGGUCUCGUUACAAUUUUUACGCAGAAAAAAUCUUAAAUAUACUGCUUACAAGUAGACUAUAUAAUAUAUUUCUUAAAUAUACCAGUUACAAGUAAUUGCAAUAAAUUGAAUAAUAUAUAGGAAAUAUUACACACUUUCUACUUUAUAUUUAUCUUCUUCAUACAUAAUUAUAUUACAUAUAUAAAAUAUUGCUUGCCCUUUUCUAUGAAAUUGACUCGUUGGGAUUAAGCAUCUCUAAUAUCAUGAACAUUUGUAACUUGUACCCACUCUUAUUAACUCCGGAUACAGAAAAACUGCGUAUCCGAAUAACGAGACUUUCUCAUUUAUAACACUUACCGCUAACAACAAAUUACAUAAGUAAACCGAACGAAUAUAAGUACGUAAUAUAUCCGCGAGCUAACAUAAACUUCUUACCGCGACAACAGCUCGGUGCUUAUUCAACGAAAUUGCAGUUUUCUGCCAAGUCAUUCAACUAUUCAUCAGCAUACACUGAAUAUUUACUUCGUGCAUAUCGUUAAUCGUAAUUUGCAAAAUUAAUAACCACGUUUACGUCGAAUACUAGUGUCAAGGAAAAACAAUAUUCGUAUUACACGAUCAUACACUGUAGAUUAUCAGACUUUUUCUCACGCGACUAUAGCAGUUACGAAAUACUCUGACGUCUUUACAGACGUGUGUCAGAGUGCAACGCGUACACGAUGACUCUGUGGGAAAGUGAAAUUAAAAAUAGAAUCUAGUUUCAAUGCAUAUUGCGUAGAAAAGUGGUAAUUAAAGCAAAAUCAAUUAACCGAACUUGAACGAAUUUAUGAAAAUUUAUUAUUAUGGAAAUUUAUAAAGUAAUGCAAACGUAUCUAUAUGGACUUCGAAGAUAGUGCGUGACUGAUCUUUUGUCUGAUCUGGACGUGCACGUAUCAUUGCCCUUGGGCAAACUGGUUUACUCGAAGAAAAAUUCUUUUUGUUCUACGUACGCAGGAUAUAUCGUGGAACUGGAAAAUACAUUUAUUCAGGAUUGUGAGAGCAAGCAUCGUAUUACAUGUGCAGAACUGUUGUUGAAAAAUAAUUUCUCCAUAUAAAUGUUUAUUUCGUUGUGUAUCAAGAUGUUGAAGAAUGAGAAGAAAAUUUUAAUGCUGUUAAUGUUAACAAAACAAUAACACAUUUGAUACCUGUAUUUAACAAAAUAUUAUUUGUUACUAACGAAGCAAACUGAAAUUAUUAAGUGAUAUAAAUAAAACUGUUUCAAAGAAAA